AUGCUGAGCAGGGUAGAGAACCGUCUGUUCUUUUUCACACACAAGAACAACAUUUGGAUAGUCACUCACCAAGUUCACAAGCUGUUUUCUGCUUAUUUUGCCACAUUCGGCGGCCUUGAAUCGAGUCGCCGGAAUUGGCUUUUCACUCAAGUAUAUUUGCUGCGAUACCUGGGAUUCGGGAUUACGUUCUCUUCUGACGAAACUGAAAUCGUGUGCCCACGAAAGCUGCAAGAGCAAAAGGAAGCAAAGGAAAUGCAUUUGCCUUACUGGCUUUUAUCUUUUUUUUCCCAUUUUUUUCUCUUUAUCUACUUUGAUGGUAUGUUUCUGGUCUGCCAUACCGAAACCAUUCCGUCGGGCAGUAAAAAAAAAUGCAAACACUCUCUGGAAAUUGAAAGAUAUUUAUUACUUUUAUCUAGAAUCUUCAAUUUUUUACGUAUUGGCGGCGGCUUGACGGGUAUAUUUAAGUACCCUGUCUUGGUUUACCACCAUUAUUAUUGUUUCAUCAAGUCCGAUAUAGUGUAA